AUGUUGAUUACUCUAGAAUGCGUUAUACUUGCGUUACAGGCGGUUGCUGCAGUUCGACUUGCAUUAGAAUCACCUUUUGAAAUUACCGGUCAAUCAAACAAUAGGCUGUCAAAACGAUCACCCGUUGUGUUGGAUGGUGAUAUCACAAAAUGUUACACAAUUAAAGUCAAUGUUGAUGGAGUCAAUUUGAAUUUACAAGUCGAUUCAGUAAUGUCUGAUACAAUCGUACCACUUCCUAGUUCAAGCAGCAAUGUAGGUUUGACUCCGCAACACACUCCAAGUGGGGAACCCGUUACUAUAGGUUACAAAGGCGAUGAGUAUAAUGGGUUUAGUUCCACAGCCGAUGUGACGAUUCCAGGUACUGGGAUAACUGACAUCAAUUUACCAGUACUAUCAGUUGAAAGACAAUCGGCAGAUAUAGUUGGUAUCAAUCCAAAUCUUGAUGGAAUAUUUGGGUUUGGCUAUACCUCGUUAUCAAAUCAUCACUCACAAACCACUGCAAUGGAUGUUUUGUACACCAGUGAUGUCAUUCCUAAUAACGAGAUUGGUCUUCAAUUAUGUCCGUAUGAAAUGACUUCAAAUAGCUUCAUCAAUAUAGGAAACACGGAUAUAACUCCAAAAUGCGGGACAGAUGGAACAAUCAAUGACGAACAAGUGGAGCUGCCCGAGGAAUUCCAAAAAACAAUAAUGGAAAAUGGACGUAUUUUGUACUCGAGUGUGGAAACAUGCUUUUUACAUAUGCGUUUUCCUGAAGUAGUCGUGACAGCGUUGAUCAAUGCUAUUCUUGAUAGUGGUGCGAUCACUGUCAACAUUAAUAUAUUUAGUGACAAACUCGGAAAAGUAAUGGUUAAAAAAAUAUUUUCGCAAAACUACGCAAUGCUUGAAUCCGGUUUUGAUAUCGAUUGGGGCAAGCUGCCAACGCUUUCAAUUACAAUGUUUGCUGAAAACCCCGUAACUGAUGCCAAUCGCAAUUCUGUUGUAACAAUCAAGUUGGGUCCCAAAGACUAUAUACAGAGAGCUGGUUCUAAAAAUUGUAAAUAUUUGACAAUUGUAUGCAUUAGAUUUGCUGUAGGAGUUGAUUCAAAUGACAAUGCAAUUCUCGGUAUUCCAUUUAUGGCCCAACUUGGAUUGACAUUUGAUUUACAAAAUAAACGCAUUGGGUUUGGUGCUGGAUGUGGAUGCAAAGUCUCAACUGAGUAA